AUGAAACCCUCUGCCACCUAUGAGCUGUUAGUGGAUGGUGUUGGGCCAUGGGACUUCACUGGCAGUUUUGUUCCUUGUGAGCUGCUACUUGUUGGAGAGGAUGCUUACCCUGUGCUUGUGAGCUCUAAGAAGCAGGUUCUGAUCGCUGUUUCACAAUAUGGCAAGGGCCGAAUGGUGGUUGUUUCCCAUGAAGGAAUCUUGAAGGACUCCAAGUUUUCCCAGUUCCUCAGAAAUGCUGUGGAGUGGCUCAGGCCUUCCCCCGAGGCCCUGGUUGGGGUCCAUCCUCAUUUGGAUUCCCUCUCCCAGCUGCUGCUCAGAGCUGGCACCAAAGUACAAGCUGGGGCAGAGCUUAGCCCCUCCCUGGGGGUGUACUGUAUGGACGCCUAUGACAGCACGCAAGCGAAAGACCUGGUUGGCUUUGUAAAGGGAGGUGGAGGGCUGCUCAUGGGAGGCCAAGCCUGGCACUGGGCUAGUCAACAUGGCAAGGAGAAGGUGUUGUUUGAAUUCCCUGGGAACCAGGUGACCAGCGUAGCUGGCGUGUACUUCACAGGAAAUGUUGUGGAGAAAGGCAUCUUCAAAGUUGCCAAGAAAAUUCCCAAGAUCCCAUUAAUUGUCCCGCACCAGGCCAACCUCAGCCUUGAUGCUGAGUUUCUCCUACGUGGUGUGUCGGAGCUGGAUUUGGUGACAGGGGGCAUACCCUCCAUCUUGCUGGUGCAUGGUGUGCUCUCCUUCCCACUCUGCCUGGACAGCUCACACCGCUGCUUCUUAGCUGCAGCACACUAUGGCCAAGGCCGUGUUGUGGUGGCAACCCAUGAAAGCCAGCUGUUCUCCCCAAAGUUGGCCAGAUUCCUGCUCAAUGCUGUCCGCUGGCUGGAUGCUGGGAGAAAGGGGCUGGUGGGUGUGGAUGCCAGCCUGAAGAAACUGUGUAGCCUCCUCCCUCAGGAAGAGGUGAAGUCGCAGGUGUCACAGCUGACAGGUGACAUCAGUGUGUACUGCUGCUCUUCUUACGGCAACAGAGAGGCGGAGAGGGUUCACGCUUUUGUGGCAGAGGGAGGUGGCCUACUGAUUGGAGGCCAGGCCUGGUACUGGGCUUCCCAGAACCGUGGCAAAGCUGCUGUGGCAAAAUACCCUGGCAACAAACUAAAAAAUUUGGGGCGGAGCAUCCUGGGGCAGAGUGUCCAGCCAGCUAAGCACCCAGCUGUGGGGUCUGGGGAGCACUACCACUUCCGCAAGGCACUCGCUCUUUUCAACAGGCAUGUAGACAAGCAUGGGGAGCUCAAGGCCCCCUUGAAGGACUGGCUGCAAAGGCUUGCACAAGACUGCACUGCCUUUCUGCACAUCCCAGCCCAUGACUGCCCUGCAUAUGCCUCGCUCCACCGCAUCCUGACCAAAGUGCUUCAGAGAAGUGGGAUCCCACAUGUCAGCAGGCAGUGCCCUAUCAAGAACAAUUCCAAAGAGGCAGUCCUUCUCUGCAUGGCAACCGAGCUGUCCCUCACCCUGACGGACAGCGCAGCCCUAGUGCAGAAACCUGCUGCUGGGGUCUGUGCCCUUCCCAUCACUGUGGAAAUUGAUGGCACAAACCCAGGUAAGACAGCCUGGAGGAGUACGGGACUCUACCUCCCUGAAGGGCACUCAGCAGUUAUAACUUUCCCUUGCCUGAUGGUCAAUGCUGGUCUGAAGGUGCAGAUUGGGUGUCACACGGAUGACCUCUCUCACGCCAGAGAGCUGAAACGAGCCCCAGUAGUAAUACGCACCUGUGAUGUUGAAGGCCAGAAACAAUCUAUUUCCUGUCUCUGGGGUGGCCUUAUUUACAUCAUAGUACCAGCAAGGAGCGUCCUGGGGAAAGUGUCCAUCUCAGUAGAAGGGGCAGUCAGAGCUCCUUUCUUCAAGCUUG